AAAGAAACAACAUGGCUGUCACAAGUAAAGGUUAUCAAGGCACAGUAUGGUUCCAGAGGGAAUUUGCUGUUUCUUCAAAAAAAAGAGGAUGUCAUCUCGUAACAGACGAAGUACUAGCUAAUGUUCCAGAAAUUGCAAACAUGAAAAUUGGAUUGCUGAACCUCCAUAUAAAACAUACAUCGGCCAGUCUGUGUUUAAAUGAGAACUGGGAUCCAGAUGUGAGAGUUGACAUGGAGAUGAUGCUGAACAAACUGGUGCCUGAUAGUACACCUUUCAAACACUCCUGUGAGGGUCCGGAUGACAUGCCAGCACAUGUAAAAGCUGCAUUUCUCGGGGCGUCGGUCAACGUGCCUCUGACAGAAGGGAAACUGAACCUGGGUACUUGGCAGGGGAUUUGGUUGUGUGAGCACCGCAAUCAUGCAGGGAAAAGAAAUCUGGUUGCUACACUACAAGGAGCUUUAAAAUGAUCCAAAAUUUAUUUUAAAUUUUUAAGAAAAAAAACAUCACUAAUUGCAACAACUUAACCUCAACUUAGUAAUUAUGAAAACAGUGCUAUUGCUAAGCAUGAUGGCCAGUGUUCCCAGAAUCAACCAAUGCCGUUUGAUGACACACUUCCACACUGUUGAUCUUCCAGGACUUGUGAAUAAUGCCAAAGUUUGGCGCUGUGUUUUCUACAUACGAUGCUAAUGUCAGGCUUUGAUGUGGCGAGUAAUUCCAGCAUGUUGUUUGAACAUUGCCAAUUUUUUAACGUCUUGUUCCCGAAAUGUUACUGUUGAUAAAAGAAUUAUGUGCGAUCUUACACAUUAGACUUGAUAGAUGUUUUCUAAAUGCUGCAGAAAUAUCUACAUUGUUUCAAGUUAGAGAAAAGGGAGAACAAUUUAUUUAGAUGAUUCGCAAUAUUUUCCAAUCUGAAGAAGGUAACAAUUCCCAAUCCAGUAAUACCCUGACCUAAGUGAUGGUACUGUAUACAGUCCGGUAUUACUAUUUAACUGGCAAUCAUUUAAUUAUCUGAGUUCAAAUUACCAAUCAUAUAAGGUUCUAAGAUUUUCUUAAAUUGGAACUCUUUUAAGAAUGAAAUUCAUGUUAUAUAAAGGUAUCAUAUACAUUUAAGGUGUUUGUUUGCAUUUUCAUCGACUGGGUCCUUUGAUAAACCAAGGGGACUUGGUCUGUAGAAAGAGGUAAAAAUAGUAACACAUGGGGUAAAAUACUAACAGGAGUAAAUGGGGGAGGGAGUGGUAAACAGUUUUUAUUUUCUGAAAGUCGUGUUUUAACAGCUGUUUGGUCUCCACAGAUCUAACGAUCCUAAGACAAAGGUGUAAUCAUAAAUUCCUCAGUUUAGCUUGAUGAUAAAUGUUUCCUCUAGUCUCAUGUUGACGCAAGAUGAAGCCAAGAAGAAUGGAUGAAUACAGCAGUAAGACUGCAGGCAGUUCCGUAUUGUUUUCAUUAUGCUUCCCUUUAAACAAAUAUAUGGUUGUCUGUUUGUUGGUAUGUGUCUCCAUGUCCCUAUGUGUCCAAAAUAAAUGGUUUCAGGGGAGAGGGAAGGUCUACUGGUUUUUGGGUCACUAGGUCAGAGGUCAUGGUCACAUCGGCUAUUAGACUCAAAUUUUACGAUUUUUUUUUUUUAAUUAAAAGAUUGUUAUAAAAAAACCAGAAAGUUGGUUUCUGGAUGUCGUUGAAUGUUACAAAAUAUGUAACCAAAAUUUUGUAACUGGUGCCCCUUGGGAAGAGGAGAAUUCCUAUUGAUUUUAGGGAUACUAGGUCAAAGUUAAAGGUCACAGCACCUAUAAAUGUAUUGAUUCUGGAGGUUAUGGCUUGAACAGUUUGUCAGGUCUAAACUAAAGCUAGAUGGAUGUGGUCCCUUUGGAAGAGGAACAUCUCUAUUGACUUCGGGUUAUUGGGCUACAGGGUGACAGAUAUCUGGGUUUUUUUCUUGAAUUUGAACAAAUAUUUACUGUCAGCAAUAUAGAGGGGUUUUUUUUCAGGAGAGCAUUUGUGAGUUCUUCUGACUUUAUUUUUAGUUUUAAUAGUUACACAUCAUAAAACUGGUCAUUUGUUUAUGUUAGAGAGACAUUCAGGUGUUCACUCUCAAUUUUGACUUUAACUUAUAUUUAAUAAAAAUAGAAACGAUGUCUGAAGUGAAGAAAUUUUAAAUUGAUUAACUGAUCAAGAUAUGGUCAUUUUAAUUACGUUUUAGAUAAUUUUAAUUUUUUUGUCAUAUUGUUUCUCCCCUAUGAAAAGUUAAGUAUAAAAAUGCAUGUUUGUCAAUAUCUUUUAUUCACCUGGUUAUUUUGUGCAGCAAAUUCCCAAUUACUGUAGAAUGGAAUUUCCACACAUGGAAAUCUUCAUGUUGCAACUCUUUACAACUAAUUGCAAUGUAGAAAAUUGUGUGGUGGUGGUGGUGGUGGUGAAAUCCAUAUAGUCAACAUAUUAAAAAAAUUAUAUAAUUAAUUAAUCUAUCAACAAAUUGUUACAUGUGGAUAUUUUCGCACUUUUUUACUUGAAUUGAAAUGCGCCAGAAUGUCCACACCGCGAAAAUGUCCACUUUUACAGUAAAUUUUAAUAUGAAUAAAUUAUU